GCCAGUGGCCCAAAUCCAUGUCGCCUGGGGUCUCCGUCUGGAUCUGGGGGGUUACCAGGAAGGCCCUGCCAUGGCUCCAUCUGACUAAUCAUUCAGUGGUCUGGCCUGCUUGGGAAUUAUGGGAGUUGUAGUCCAGUAAGGCUGAAAGCUGGGGGAAGACUGGUCUGGAUGGCAGCGUGGUUUGCUUCAGCAGAAGACCACUCGAUUGUUCGGCCUGCUUCUGGGGGCAGCGUUCCUUCUUUAGCACAUAGACUGGCCGGGGCGGAGAAAGAGGCCGGAAACUCCUCUGAAUCAUGAGCUGUCCGGGGUCUCUCUGGAGGCCUGAGGUGUUGGAGGGCCUUUGUUGGGAGGGGAGCGGAUCCUCCCCAUCUGAGCAGCCCGACUUCAUGAGAAAAUCCCAGGAUCGUGUGGGUGGUCCUGCCUCCAGCCGUGCCCCUUGUAGCCUGGCACAGGAUGGAGGGUCAAAAUCUGCGCAUGAGCGAGUCCCAGGGCUGACGGAGAAAAUGUGUCUGUUCCCAACACGGUGCCGGAGCACUGAGAUCAUCCUGGGCGGACAGACGAACAAGCAGGUCCUAGAUCAAAUCAAGCUGCCAGCUUCCCUGGGAGCAAAAAUGGCAAAACCGAAGCGGUCCUCCUUGGAGCACCCCAUCCUGAGAAGGCGAAAUUUGCUGAAGCGGACGAGCAGGCGAGGGAAAGCCAAAGCCAGAAGAGGGAGAGGAAAGCCAGCUCUGGUGGCUUCCGACGAGGAUUUUGGGAAGCCCUCCUCGAGAGGCUCUCCACACAGCGGAGACUGCUUGUUGGCACCCAGCGACAAUAGGCCACACUGACUAUGUGGACGCCCUGCCAUGGUCUCCUUGUAAGUAGGGGUGCUGAGAACCAGGCGCUUUCCUUCCUGCCCUGCCAGCGAGCUUCAUGAUGGGUGCAGGCGGAGGGCCGGGAAGCCCAGAGAAGUGAGCCAGGUGCUUCCAGGUGGACUGGCCCUUUUGUGCCGCAGCUCUUCUCAGAAGCUGAGUGCGGCCUCAAUCUGGCGAGGCGGCGGGUGGGCGAGACCCCACGCCGGGCCCGUGAAGUGCCGAAUCCAAUGGGAAGCAGCCGGCCUCUCACCGCUGCCUCAUCCUGCUUGCGGCGGAGGAAAUUAGUCACAGAGCUGAACCUCAGAGCCUCGCUUCUUUACCGGAACUGUGGAAGGCCUGAGCAAUGGCUCACCCUUCAUGGCUGGCCCCGAAGAACUCCAGCGAGCCCGCGGGCCACGUGAGCGCGAGGAUGGAGACGACGCACGCAUUCGGCGCCCCGAGCAUCUCCGUCUCCACUCAGCAGGCGCCCAGGAAGUUCGCUCCCGUCGUGGCACCCAAGCCGAAAUACAACCCCUACAGGCCGGCGGAAGGGGAAGGUGAUUUCCCCCCUCCACCGCCGCCGCCACCGCCGCCGCCACCUCCUCACGAUCCUGGGAGCUUUGCCUCAUCGGCCAGCGCCUUUCCGCCACCGCCACCACCUCCAGACGGAGCCCUGUUUGGCACACAGACCAAACCUGGUGGCAAAACUCUGGAGGAGAGACGCUCCAGUCUGGAUGCAGAAAUUGACUCACUGACCAGCAUCCUGGCCGACCUGGAGAGCAGCUCCCCCUACAAGCCCCGGACUCAGCAGGGCUCCGGGAUGCCGGGCGGAUCUCCAGUCGCAACUCCACCAGCGUCCACUCCCGUCACGGGGCACAAGCGCAUGGUCAUCCCGAACCAGCCGCCGCUGACCGCCACCAAGAAGUCGGCGGCCAAGCCCGGCCCUCAGCCGUCCCCCGUCCCGGUGAUGCCGAUCGGCGCCCUGAGACCGCAGCCCAUCCCGGCCUCUUACUCCACGGCCUCCACCCCUGCCCGCCCGGCCUUCAACGUGCAGGUGAAGUCGGCCCAGCCUGCGCCCCAUUUCCAGCCACCGGGCGCCCCGUACAGCAGCUCGGGCCCCAGCCAAGCGCCGCAGCCUGUUUCCUCGCUGGGGCCAGCGCCCCACGCUCCGCCUUAUGGCUAUAUGCCCCAGCCGGCCCCGCACCCGGAGCCCGGUGGCGGCUACGCACCCCCGCCAGCUCACGUCCAGGAGCCGGCCUACGCUGGAGGCCCAAGCCACGUGCCGCAGAACAUCUGGAAGCCUGACCCGGCCCAUCCUUCCUCCGGGGCCCCAGCCCAGGUCCCCACCGGGCAGUUCCCGUCCAGCGGCGCCAGGAAGACCUACGCCACGGAGCCGGCCCCCGGGGCCCAGCCGAAGAGUGUACCGCCCGGCCCCGGCCCGGCCCCAAAUGCACCUUUAUUCAGACCAGAGGAUGAGCUGGAGCACUUGACCAAGAAGAUGCUGUACGACAUGGAGAACCCCCCGUCAGCAGAGUACUUUGGCCGCUGUGCGCGUUGCGGGGAGAACGUGGUCGGCGAAGGGACCGGCUGCACCGCGAUGGACCAGGUCUUCCAUGUCGAGUGCUUCACCUGCAUGACCUGCGGCAGCAAGCUGCGCGGCCAGCCCUUCUACGCCGUGGAGAAGAAGGCCUUCUGUGAGACCUGCUACAUCAACACCCUGGAGCAGUGCAGCACUUGCGCCAAGCCCAUCAUGGAGCGGAUCCUGCGCGCCACCGGCAAGGCCUACCACCCCCAGUGCUUCACGUGCGUCAUCUGCAACCGCAGCCUGGACGGCAUCCCCUUCACCGCGGACGCGGGGGGCAACAUCCACUGCAUCGAGGACUUCCACAGGAAGUUCGCCCCCCGCUGCUCGGUCUGCAAGGAGCCCAUCGUGCCUGCCGAGGGCCAGGAGGAGACGGUGCGCAUCGUGGCCCUGGACCGCGACUUCCACGUGCUCUGCUACCGGUGCGAGGACUGCGGGGGCCUCCUGUCGGAAGGGGACAACCAGGGCUGCUACCCCCUGGAUGGCCACGUGCUCUGCAAGGGCUGCAACUCGGCCCGGAUCCAAGCGCUGACCGCCAAGGCCAGCACCGACCUCUGAGCCCCCAGGACCGUGCCGCCCCCCCUCGCCAGCUGGAGGGCCUCGAGACAAGGGCGGCUCCUCGGGGCCUCUCCGCACACUGCCGUGUCCCCCAGGCACGCCACCGGCCCGCGUGGACGGGGCGCCCUUCCCCUGCACGGGGCCUGGGAAAGGCCCUUCCGGGGGGGCCGCUUUGGCUCCUGGACAGGCUGCCCGUGCCCCUGUGGGCGGCAGCGCCCACACCUGUCUGAGGGGUGCCGGGACGCCGCGACUGGCCCUGAACGCCAGGGCCAGGAGCCGCUUCCUCAGCCGGGGGCCCUCAGCCGGGCUCGACAGCAAGCCCAGCGUCUCCACCCAGUGGCCGUUGGCUGUGCCGGCUGCAGAUAACAGGGAGCGUGCCCCGGCCAUGGGGGGGGGGCGGCACCAGUUUGGGGGAACACCAGUCCCGGCCCUUUGCUUGUCUCCACCCCCUUCCAGCUGAAUCACCCCUAAAACCAGAACCCCAUUAUUCCACCGUGCACACUUUAUAACGAUGUACAGCCAUCUCACAAGCCAUCAAUCUCUCAGCUUGCUGGCACUCGAAUAUGCUGAAACACACGUUGUAUCUAUCUAUGCCUGUAGCCAAAUAUGAUCACGUAUUGCAAUAUUUUCCUAGUGCCUUAAAGACAGCAAGGAGCAGGGGGCUGGAAGAGGCUGUGGCAGGGACUGGGGGCCGGCAGCACCGGCGGGAAACCAGCAGGCCUGUCCUGGGACAGCCCUCCCAUCCCUGCACAAAAUCCUCUUCAUUUGUGGGCUCUGGGGGUGGCAGGGCUGGCCCCCAGACUGCCAUGCCUCCGCCGGAAGGCGUGUCCAGGCCACGAACCACACGCGAGCCCCUCCUUCGGCGAUUUACAUCUGAAAUGCCACAGCCAGCGUGUGUUCGUGUUGGAAUGGGAUUUGGAGCGACGCCUUUGUGAAAACGAAAAUACUUGCCGUGGCAAAGGUGGAGCGUUUACUCACUGCUCUGUGGCAGCACCGCAACCUUAGUGGAACCUGCCCCGCAUCGCCCUCGCUCCGUGCGGCGUGAUGCCGCGCGGGGACCCACAGGUGCUGCCACUGUCUAGCUCUGCCUCGGGAUGAGGGUGCCCGGGACAGAGCGAAGCUCCUCCAUCCCCAGACAGCAGCGAAGCAUCUUGAUUCGGCCAAAGUGUGCGCACCUUGUGCCAAGCUUUGAAGUGACGACAGGGACAGCCUCCGUUUAUGCCUGAUGGUUCUGGAUGCACGUUUCUUUCGCCCCUGCUGAAAGCUCAGUUCACACAAGCAAGAAAUGUGCGUGGAUUAGAUUGCUUCAGGCCGCAGUCAGACGUAGCUGAAUGCUUAACCAUAGAGCAGACCGCCUGUUUAUCAGGGAGAGGGCUGAGAGGAUCCGCUGCUCCUCUCUGAGCGAAGAGUUAUGCCUUCAAAGAUAGAUGGACGUUGAAUGCCACCUACAGUCCGAAAUGGUCUAGCCCAGUGACGGCGGGGUCACGAUUCUCCAGACCGUCUUUCCGUUCUCCAUCAGUGCCAUCUGGGGAGGCGGUCCAAGGGCAGCUUCGGAGUGCCCACGCAGUGCCCCCCAGCGCCGCCUGGAGCCCAGUAGCAAAGUGCUGCCGGAGGCUGCCUUCGCAGGGCUGGGUCACCGCGGUGGAAUCUAUUUAUUACAAAGCUUUAUUUAACCUAUUACAAAGAAAACACUUUUUCCCAACAGGACCUUGGACACAGUCCAGCAGGGAGGCCUUUUGCGCAAGUAACGCCUGGCACAGAGCGGCACGGUCGCAUCGCAUGGUGCGCACCCAAGAGGCGCUCCUGGUGGAUCCGGUCCCUGGUCCGGAAUAUACUAUGCAUUAUAUUUUAUUCUUUUAUUCCUGAGAUUUCCUAUGCAUUUUCUAAAAUAAAUAGGAAUUUAAAAAUUAUAUAUAUAUAUACACACACACACAUACACAGAGAGAGAGAGAGAAACACACAUAGUUAUACACCAUUUUGAUGGUGCUUUUAAGGUCCAAGGUUUCACUGUCUGCGUAUGCACAUUUCCACAAGCCAUUUCAGUGUCCCACGUAAGCAAAACGGGCCCGUUUCCAGAGCAGGUGAUGCCUGAACGGCCCUCCUGAGUUGGCUCUGAGGCGGAUACGCAGCUUCACCCCUGCCUGUUCCCCUAUAGCUGCAGAAGGCGAUGGGGUGCCGGCUGCAAACGCAGAGGCCCAGCGGAGCGGGUGGGGCUCCCAGCCUGGGGGUCCAGUGCCAAAAACGAAUUCCCGCCAAACGCCCUGGGCCAGAGGGGCCAGGGAAGAGUCCCGCCUCUGGGACGGAGCCAUGCUUGCUUUUCUUUCGCUUUUGUUGUAUGCACUAAUUUUGGGCAAGUGUCGAUUCUGGCCUAAUCGCAGUUGCAUAGGAAUUGCCCUGCGAUCAUAUCUGAGGUGGAAGUAUUUGAAUUUGCUGCCACUCGCCAGGCAGAAGGGCUGGAAGCGUCCUUUCCUGGAGAAGAAGCCUGUGGCACCCAAAUGGAGCUUCCAUGCACAGGAGCAGUGCAGCGCUGAUUAAAGGGCGCCGCAGAACCAAAGAUGUUUACACCCGGGCCUCACUCGCCGGCAGGGCCAGCCUGACUCCGAUUUCACCCAAGUGCUUCCCACAGUGCCUUCGACUUCUUCUGUGUGCUCAUUUCUACAUGUCCAGCUCCGCACCCUCCGUAGCAGGCCGCCCACCUUCUGCAGGGCUUCCUCGCGGGUGCUUUGCACAGAAGCAAGACUGAUCAUGCUAAUUUUGCUAAAAUGCUGCAUUAAAAUCCUUUUGUGAGGAA